GGUAGCUGCCACAGCUGCAGUAGCUGCCACAGCAACAGCUUGCUGCUUCAUCUUUGGUGACUUGAAUCUUUUGGAUUCAAAUCCGCUCAGCGCGAUCUGUGGAUUUCCUGUACAAAAAUGACCUGCGGUUCUCUGGAGAGCCGCGCUGUGCUUCCCGUCACGACGGGCUCGCUGAGUGAGCAAAGUGAAGACUUUCUUACUGCCAAGGUGCUGGACGUGUGUGACGCGCGUGAGACGUGCGACACCGCGGAGAUUUUGGAGACACUUGAGGAUGUCCCCUGCACGCCGGAGAAGCGCCGGCGCAUGGACCUGGAUGCCAUCGCUCGCAUCGCGACGCCUGCCAAGGUGCGGCGCCUCUCUGUGCAGACGCCCACGUCUCCGCGAACGUGUGAAUCGAUUGUGGAGAGCAGGACGAAGAGGAGGUCAGCAGCUGGCCAGCAGAAGGCCUUGAAGGUCGCCGGACCCUCGGUGAUUCAGACCUUGCGAGGCCGCCUCCAAGGGCGCGAGGUGGCACUGCUGCUUUGUGGGGAGUCCCACGAGGAUACGAUCGACCUCACUCGAUCCAAAGGCGUGGUGGCUGCAGAGGAGGGCUGGAUCCCCUGUGCCGGCUCGCACGCCUGCUUCCAGCCCGAGCACGCGCUGGCACAGAGAGAUCGGCUCACCUUGAAGGGUGCACAGCGCUGGGCUGAUGAGGUGUUGGCCAAGACUGCAGAGGAUGUGAAGAUUGCUGGAGCGCAUCUGGUUUUCGAGCCACAGACCAGGACCCGCGGCAGCGCCCGUGUCUUCCUGCCCUCGGUGAUAGCGCAGAAGCACGGCGGCCGGCCAGAUGCUCUGGUCUUCCGCUUUGGUGAUCUGGAUGAGGAAGCAGAGCGCUUCAACCAGCGGAGGCUGAGGCCCAAGGAGCAGCGUGAUUCCGUGGAGGAGCAGGACACGCUGCUGGCGAAGAGGAAGGCCCAACGAAGGGCGGAGGGCUUCGAGCUCUUUGACGAUUGGCUCUUGCGGCAGGUCGACUCGGAGGACGUGCAUGUGGAAGUGGUUUUAGAAGCGCCGGUGAAGGCGGAGGAGUUGCAGUUGCACGUGCAGGGCGAGGCCUCCUUGCCUGCGCCCCAUGAGCGUUUGGAGAGCAUCGAUGUGGACUCGGAGGAAGACUCCGAUGAAGCCUCGACACCUGGAGCAGGCUCCUACCUGGACUUCCUGCGGCGUCGGCUGCUGGGCACCAAGCCUGAGCGCCUGCAUGGUGUGGACUGUCGGAUUUUGGGUGACCCGGAGGAUGAGCACCUGCCAAAGACUCUGCAGGGCUCCUACGAGCAGCUGGCACCCGCCCGUGGCUCCUCUUCGGAGUUGGAGCCCUUGCCCUCCUGGGAGGCUUUCUUUGGAGGUGCUGCUGAUCUGCUGUACUACGCACCUCAUGUAAAAGCUGACUAUGCACCCUUCUUGAAGUCCUGUGUGGGCUCUGCCGAGAACUUGAGAUGCUUCUUCCAAAAGCUGUUCUUUGAAUCCGUUCCAGAUGCCAUGUCCUUGCUCAAACUGAAUGAGGACACGCAGCGCUGCUGCCACGUGCGCGAUCCGGCGCGCCCGUCGGGGCUCUGCAGCUCCGGGCGUCGGACGCUGCCGGUGAGGGCUGCGCCGUUGCAGCGGUACCUGACCGCGCGUGGAGCGGACACUCCCAGAACGUGGCUUGCAGGCCUGGCAGAAGGCCUGUGCCGCCGUGGCCUGGUAGCUGAAGUUCAGGCGGCGCAGCAGUGGUAUUCUGCGAUGGUGGAGCGCUUGCUACGCGACCCCAAGGGCGCGGACCCGGAAGGGGACAAUUUCGCGGCCUGGCUGCGUGCCUGCCACCGGCCCGUGUUCCGGGACAUUGACACCUAUGACUGCGGAAAGCUGAAGCGGUGCCGAUGGGCCAAGAGCAAAUCCGUGGCAGGGAAGCGCUACAACUUGAAGGACAUCAAGAUUCCGUCGGUGGAAGAAGCCUUCAAAGAGUUUGGACGCACCAAGAGGUCUACUGCUCGUGAGCAAGUUUUGUCAAAGAUUAUGGUGGACAUCUUUCAGCUGCGGUCGGUGGACUUGGCUAUGAUUCUGAAGUCCAUGGAGGUGGCGUUGGCCGCUCCAGAAGGCAAAGAGGUGGUGGUGGUCUGCUACGGCGGCCUGGACCACACGCGGAACGUGGCAAAGUUUUUUCAGGAGCUGGGCUUCAGCGGACGGGGCUUGCGAGGCGGAGUGGUGGGGAAGGAAGAGUACGAAGAAGACGAGAAGAGGACACUGACCUUGCCAUCUUACCUGAAAGACCUGCGACAGUUGUUUCCGCUUCGGCCACGGGGUCGCCGAUCGAAGCUUCGAAUCCAGAGGGGAGCCUGAGGAAUCUGUGGAUUGCCUAGCACGAACCCAACGUCCUUGAAGGGCAUUUUCCGAGAUGGGCUUUCCAAGGCCCAUCUUGAAGGGAGCCAGGUCCCAGGAGCGCUAGUGAGUGGCAAAGCAACGCACCGC